GGCAGGCGCUUUACUUGGAGUGUAUGGGUGCACGCAGCCGAUAAAUAUCACUUCCCCGAGAAGAGUUGCAUUGUCUGUUUCGGUACAGCUGAGAUUAUAAUAAUUAAUUUUGACAUUUUAUUAUCUGGCGAAUUUUUUAAAGCCUUUUUAUUGUCUUGCGCUUUGGGGUCGGGACAAUAAACGCAGCUAAGAAGUUUGUGCACAUCGUCAGGUUUCCCCUCUCGCCGAAAUGAAGACUUCAGUGAAGAUGGUUUGGGGUUAGAUUCAUGGCGUUGGAAUUUGAAUUGGAACGGAUCAAGGUGGGGAAAAACUUCACUCGGAGGUGACUGUUCCAGACUGACAUUGCACACGUCGGCACCAAAGAUGGUAAAGGACAAGAUGCGCCUGUUGAGCACAUCGUGCUGGUGCCAAGGCGCACGAAUGAAAGCAUUACCGUCCGGUGUGAUGCAGUUACUUUUGCUCCUUGCUGUCAUGCUGUCCUGUCAAGGCUGUCCGGAUAAAUGUGAAUGUUCCUUACAAACAGUAAGGUGCCAAAAUAAGGACUUGGAUGCAAUUCCACCGUCCAUACCUGCCAAUUGUAAGAUACUUUCGAUUACAGGAAAUAAUAUUUCAGGCAUCAAUGAGGACUCUUUUCCAAGUCAACUGGAAUUAUUAACAUAUCUUGAUCUCAGUGACAAUGAAAUAGAGGCUGUGGAGGAAAUGGUGUUUCAUAAUUUGCCAAAUCUAGUGCAGCUGGAUCUGAGUAAUAAUUAUAUUCAAACUUUCAGCAUGAAGGCUUUUCCAGAUGAGAACAAAUUGCAGCUGUUGAACCUCAGUAGGUCUAUUCAUAAUUAUUCCUCUGUGAUUGGGCUCCUGAAUGGAAACCUCCGUCAGCUGACCGUUUUGGACCUGUCGGACAAUGACUUUGUGCUUUUGCCAGAUGAUUUCUUCAAAAAUUUACCCAAUCUGGUCAACCUCAGCCUGCAGAACAGCUCCAUUGUCUCUAUCCCCAAUGGUUUAACAAAGGUGCCACGACUACAAGACCUUGACCUGAGGCACAACAGUCUGCGGAGUCUUCCUUACACCAUCAUGACUGAGUUCAGCCUGAAGUCAGACCUUUAUAUCCGCUUGAAUGGGAACCCCUGGCGUUGUGACUGUUCUAUUGAAGACAUGUUGGUAUGGCUUAAGAACUCCACUCUGGUCACUGACAUGAAGAACCUGACCUGCGCAGAUCCUGAGCAUCUUAAGCGACGGCCGCUAGUGCAGCUGGAGCAGACUCAGCUGAAGUGUUCGGGCAACAUGGAAGGCGUGCUAGAGACUUCCUAUGUUUUUCUGGGUUUGGUGCUGGCGCUCAUUGGUGUGAUAUUUUUGUUGGUGCUCUACCUGAACCGCAAAGGCAUCAAGCGCUGGAUGUACAACAUCCGGGAUGCUUGUAGGGACCACAUGGAGGGAUAUCAUUACAGGUAUGAAAUUAACUCUGACCCACGUUUGGCCAAUCUGAGCAUCAAUUCAGAUGUGUGAAUAAGGAUUUAGAUUUUGUCCGGGAACGCCAGUGAUAUGCUAAUAUGACUUUACACCACUUAAAGUUGCAUGAGUCUUCUAGCCCUUCUAUUAUGGCUCCUAAUGAACGCUUUCACUUGUUCAGCUACUGCUGCAUGUUCUGUACCUACCUGGCAGCUCUGAUAUAGCCCAGUGUUCUUUUUCCAUACGUGUGUGAUCAUUGCAUGGACAAUCAACCAUGAUGACAGACUGAAAUGCUCCAUGUUCGUUUUACCUGAGGACAAAUAAAUGCACUGGCUUUUAUGAACAAAACAAUCUUGUAAUCCGUAAAGUCCAUAUUCUUAGAAACAUCACAUCCUUCUGCUUAUGUCUUUGCUGAUGAGAAAGUGUAAAGCUCUUCUGUGUUUAUUUUUUUAAUAUGUGAAUUUGUGAUAGUUGGACUUCUAUGUAUUAAUAUUAUGAAUAUAGCGAACAUUGCAUUCCUUUUAAAUUGCUGUAACUUUUUUCAUGUGAAGAUG